AUGGACAACGAUGGCGAUUUGGACAUUAUCACGGCCUCAAUUGACUCUAACAACUACAACGGCAGCUUCACCAUGGUCUAUUUUGAUCCGCAUCGCUUUCCGCGCAGCGUCGACUGCGCCGACAUGAACGGAGACGGCUGGACUGACAUAGUGUUUGCCAGCUUCGACGAUCUAUUGCUGCGUCUCGCAGUGCCGGACAAGCCGUUCGAGUUUCAUCCGAUUGUCACCGUCCAGGCUGUGACCCAGUCUCAAGUCAUCAUCAUUGCGGACAUGAACAGUGACGGCUGGCCCGACAUCGUCACUUGGGAGAAGGUAGCAACUGAAGACGUGCUUGUCUUUCUCAACUUUCUCAACACGACUUCCACCUUUGACCGCCUUGUUCUCCGCAGCGAUCCAGGCUUCACACCGCUCGUAGCGGACAUUGCCGUCGACGACAUGGACAGAGACGGGGCGUUGGAUGUUGUCGUCACCACAAGCACCGCCGUCUACUGGAUUCGCAACAUGCAUGGCAACGAAACAAUGUUUUCUGACCCGAUUUUGAUCGGGAACUGCCCUCGAAACGUGUACUCGGUCGACGUAGGCGACGUGACCGGCGACGGCAUGCCCGACGUCGCUGCUAUUAGCUACCAGGGCAACGUUGCUGUUGUUUUUGCCAACAACGGGAGCAGUUCGUUUGACGUUCUCGCGGAAGUCUCUGCGUAUCGCGGAUUCACGAUUGUGUUGGCCGACGUCAAUCUGGACGGCAACGUCGACGUCACAUACUCUUCUUAUCUCGGCGACGCGGUCAUGUGGUGCAACAACCGGUUCGGCAACGGCACGUUUGACGACUGCGUCGGAAGCCAAGUCAUUCUUUCCAAUGUGCGCUCCCACACAGUUGCCGACAUUGAUGGCUACGGCAUGCUCGACAUUGUCGGACUCUCGCCGUCCCUGGGCACGUAUUGGUUGCCUGCCACACCAGUCUAUGGGCCGUUGUCAUCGCUCGAGUCCAAUGUCACCACACUCACCGGCUUUACCCACGAAGACACCGUGCUCAGCCUCGGGCUUCGCGACGUUGUCGGCGACCCGCUCAGCGGGCUUGUCUCUCCAGGUCUCGUCGACAUCGGCCUCCGGUUUGGCGAGGAGAUGUGGGAGGUGACCGACAAGUGGAUAGUGCCUCGUGGCACGUACAUUGAUGGUCCUGCCCUGCAGUUUACUGUCAAUGUCGCUGAGCCGGGCUCGUACACCAUCACCAUGUCGGUCUACGGCGAGCCUGUCGCCAACUCACCGUCUGUCUUUCUUGCAGCGCAGCUGUGUGAGCCUGGCGAGCACGUCAAGGACAACAUUCUUUGCGUGCCGUGUGAGAAGGACACGUUUUCCGAGGAGUAUGCCGUUGCGGCGUGCGAGCCGUGCCCUCUGCAAAUGACAUCGCCGGCCGGCUCCGACUCGUACCUCAACUGCAUCUGUACGCCGGGCUACUGGUUCGGUAUCGCGCCGCGCGCCCCCGGGCGUUUGUGCGAGCUGUGCCCGGCCGGCGGUGUAUGUGCCGGUGGUGAUGCUGUCCCGGUUGCUGCCGAGGGCUUUUUCGAGGUCUCGCCCGGCUCUGCCCAGUUUGUCGAGUGCCCGCGGGAGGGCUCAUGCGCCGGGGCCAACCGGUGCCAGUCGGGCUACACCGGGUACCUCUGCGCCACCUGCUCGUCCGGUUACUACUCUGCAACAGCAGUGCGAUGCCGGGCGUGUCCAAAGCUGCCACUCAUUCUGUUUGCAUCAACAUGUGCUGGCCUGGGCCUUGUCGCCGUCGUUGUCGCCAUUAUCAUCUCGUGGUCGGUUGCCCGGUCGGUAGCCGCCACGCCGUCGUAUGAGAUGACAGCUGGGAUGCUGGUCUCGGCCGAGCGCAUCCGCCAGUUCCGCACCAACCUUGUGCCGACCUCAGUCUCGAUGGUCCUUGUUGCCUUUCAGAUUGUGGCCAUGAUCGCACAGCUUGACUUUUCUUGGACUCGCGAGUCGCAAGCCGUUCUGAACGCCUUUCUUGUUGUCAACAUCGACACCUCGCUGUUUGCCUCCGAGUGCGCCGUCUCUACGUUUCACGCCAAGUACGUCAUUUCUCUCCUCCUCCCGCUUGUUCUUCUCAUCCUUGUCGCGGUCGUACUUGUUCUCCUGCGCGCUAUGCCGCGUCUUAUCUCGUUUGCGAGUCACUUGGUCCAGGUCCCGAACCGGGUCCUUGUCGACGCGGCCGUCUUUGUCACCUCGCCGCUGCUGUACAUUCCUGUCUCGCGGGCGGCGCUAGUCCUCUUUGGCUGUGUCCGGCAGAGCAACGGCAAGUGGGUCCUCACCAUCGACCGUGGCGUCGAGUGCUUCGACCAGGCCUGGUGGCGCGUGGCACCGUUUGGCCUCUUUGUCGUCGGCGUCUUUGUCAUCGGCAUUCCUGUGUACUUUGGACUCUCGCUCUUCAAGCACCGGACCUUGCUCUUUGAGGCGCACAACCUGGUGCGCUUUGGCCCGCUCCACCGACUGUAUCGGCGCCACUACUACUGGGGCGAGGUGGCAAAUUUGGCCAAGCGGCUUGGACUCGUCAUGGUCGCCGUCUUUCUCACCGGUGCGCAGCUGCUGCAGCUCGCCAUCCUCGUCGUCAUCCUCGUCAUGUCUGUCGUCAUCGUCUCACGGUACAGCCCGUACUACUACCCGCUGUACAACACUGUCGACCUUCGGCUGGGCUGCGCGGUGCUCGGCCUCGUUAUGGUUGCUGUCGCCUCGUACUCUGAGCGACGCAACACUCGAUUCCACCCUCACCUCCUCGCUGCUACCAUUGUCUUUACUGUCGUCCUCCUUGCCGUCUCUCUCCACGCCAUCUUUAUCGACGUCCAGCAUCUGUACAAGACUCGCCAGAUAGACGGCUACGCUGUGUCUGAGCGCCAGCGUCACAUGCGUGUUGUGCUUGAGACAGAGCUGCUCGACAUGGAGGCAUCUGCCGCUGUCCGCGCCGCCGCGGACGCCUUUCUCAUGGCCAUGGAGGCUGAGUCUGUUGCCAACGAUGUUCUCCUGGGCGACAUCAAGAUGGACGAGAUCGCCGUCAACCUUGACGAUGCCGAAGCGACACCCGCCAUGCGUGCUGCUGCCGACGAUGCCCUGGCUGCUCUUGAAGCGUGA